AUGUCUGCAGUGCUCCAACUUCCCUUAUCCUCCCAAUUCAAAUCCCUGACCCUGGCCACCCCAUUCCUCCAUGGAUCCACUCCAAUCUCCUUCCUCUCCAAGCCCUCUUCUUCAAUCGCUGGCCCACUCUCUUCGCCGCCGGCAAUCCUGCCUCCAAUCCGGGCCAUGAAAUCAAUGCAGGGCCGGGUGGUUUGUGCCACCAACGACAAGACCGUGGCGGUGGAAGUCACCCGUCUGGCCCCACAUCCCAAGUACAAGAGGCGUGUCAGGAUUAAGAAGAAGUACCAAGCUCAUGACCCUUCCAAUCAAUUCAAAGUUGGGGACUUUGUUCAGCUGGAAAAGAGCCGCCCCAUCAGCAAGACCAAGGCUUUUGUUGCUGUUCCCGUUGUUUCCAAGAAUGUUCCCAAGGCUAAAGUCGCGGUUCCCGCCGACCUUGGUCUUCCGUUGGAGUCUCAACAAAAGCCGCCGGAAAGUGACGAAACUGAGGCCUCUGUUGCUGCUGCUUGA